CGACAACGACAGAGGCAAAAGCUCGAAUCAACCGACAACGAAGACGACGUCGACGAUGGCAGCAGCAGCGUCGGUUUCAGCCGACCCACAAACGUCGCUUGCAGUGGCACCACGGUCGAGUUCAUCUCAUCUCAACAAACCCGCACGCCAGCUUGUUCCUGCCUUCCUACAGAAGCUAUACGAGAUGGUAAACGAUCCAGCAGACCACGAUCUAAUACGGUGGUCUGACACGGGCGACUCUUUUUUCGUCCUUGACCAAGAACGCUUCUCGAGUGAAGUGCUCGGGCGCUGGUUCAAGCACAAAAACUUCAGUUCCUUUGUACGCCAGCUUAACAUGUACGGCUUUCACAAGAUCCCCCAUCUCCAACAAGGCGUGCUUCGCUCCGAGAAUGAGACCGAGUUUUGGAACUUUGAACACCCCCAUUUCAUUCGCGGGCAACCCGACAUGCUUUGUCUCAUUCAGCGUAAGAAACAAGCACAGUCGGCGAUGAACGCCAGCGAAGAUAGCAACGCACAUGCGACUUCGAGCAGGGAUAGUGCUGGGGGUACUGUUGGUCUUUCUCAGAAUCAACUCCUCGAUAUCAAUUCCAUCGUCAAUGGUAUUCAGGCCAUCAAGCGUCACCAAGCUGCCAUCUCAGCUGACCUCAACGAACUCAAGACCUCUAAUCAGCAUUUGUGGCAGGAAGCCAUGAUUACUCGUGAACGACACAAGAAGCACCAAGAUACCAUCAACCGUAUUGUCAAAUUCUUGGCUGGCGUAUUCGGUCAUGCGGGACAGAUGCGCAAGAACGAUGGUGGACAUGGGGGAACGCAUGCUGUUGUUCCAAGGAAACCCCAGAGAUUGAUGAUCGGAGACGGUAAGAAUGGAAAGGGGGGUGUUGAGAUCAGUGAUGUAUCUGAAGAUGAAGGCCGUCCUACUCAGUCACCGUCUAUGAGUCUCUUUGGGUCCAUGGACACGCCGAAAACUGCUCCCUCAGAGUCUUUCGCAUCCCCUAGAUUCGCUUCCAUUGAACCGUCUGUGAAUGACGCACCCACUCCCACUGAUUCAAGAUCCCAACCCAGGCCUCAGCAACUACAAACUCACGACAGUCUCCAUACUUCCAGCAACGUGCUUCCGAGCUCCAACUCCCUUACGACCGCUGCCCAGCAACAAACUCCGCAAAACAACAAUGAUGCCAUAGUCCAAGCUGCAUUGACUCAAGUCCUCAACUCACCAUCCCAAAUGCAGAAACUCCUUCUCGCACUUCAGAACCAAUCCAUCCCAAAUGAUAUGUUCCCGCACCAGCUCAGCCCGCAGAACCAGCAACAGCUGAUCGGACCAUACGACGGUCUCCACUUUGGUAACGGCGUCAACGCAGGCAUGGACAUGCAUACCGACAAUCAUUCGUGUACUCCUUCCUUCGAAGUAACUGCACCCACCGAUGUCCCUUCGCCUUUUACACUUUCACUUCUGGGAGGUGCCUCAGACGCCGAUCAACUCGUGCCAUUCGAAAAGCACGAAGAACGUCUUCAAAAGACGUAUCGCACCACAGAUGAGAUUAGCAGUGACGUAGACGAACUCCAGUCCAACAUCAACUCGUUCAUUCAAACGCUCGGAAUCGACCCUACCUCGCUCGACGUCACGAAUCCUAACCAUGCGGACGGAGUGAGCGGCAACCCUCCCGACAGAGGAGGUGGCGAUGGUAGCGCCUUAGGUGGCAAUGACAGCGCAGUGGGAGGAAAUACUACUGGUGACAUUGACAUGUUUGCUGCUCCGGACUUCGAUUUUGACGCGUUCCUGAUGGACAUGCCCCGCACGAACGACGAGGAUACGGAUUUUGAUCGUCUGGCUGAACGUUUAGAUCCAUCUGUCGCAGCUGCAGCAACAGCGAGGGAACCCCAGUCAAAAAUAGCCGGAGCUUCUUCUGAGCAGCUACAUGCAUUUUUGGAUGAAGUAGCCUCUCAAGAUGGCGGUGAUAUCGUGGCCAUACCCCCUUCGAUCCGCAUGCCUGUUGCCGUUCCCCCUCACCAAAACCCCAACCGUACCUCUAUACACCACUCGCCUUUGCAAAUCCAAGCUUCUCCCCCAGCACCGAAUGCGAAUAUCGGUGGUCCCGCUACCGGUCCACCGGGGGCGGGCGGUCGUGGUCGGAAACGCAAAUCCGAGGCUGCGGAUGCCGGAGAUGUGUAUGACGUUGUGCCCGCACAACCGACGGCGGUGAAUGGUCCCACGUCUGCAGGAACUAACAAAACAAAACGGAAGAGGUGAAUUUGGCUUUGACGAGGGGAAUACCGAGUGUGAGGCUGAGUGGGGUAUGCAAGCAGAUCGACGCAUGUACGAGUGAGAGGGGAAAAAACUUGGAAGAAAAUGAAAGGUUGGGUUCAGCUGGACGAG